UGCAAGGCCAGUCUGCAAACUCAGAACUCCCAGCAACUUCACACAGCUGACACACAACACACAGCCUCUGCGGCUGGAACAUCCAACUCCAGCAUAGGAAAGAAGAAGCAAUACAAUCCCUAAAAAAAGAAAAGAGCACCGAGCAGCAACUGCAAGAAGAUCUGAGAGCGCAAAAAGAAGACGCAAAACAAUUCAGACUUCAAAACUUGAAGAAGUUUUGGAAAGUUUUAAUUUAAUCAUUUUUCCAACACCCAGAAGAGGCAGAAAGAAGCUCGCCAGCUCGCGGACAAUCUGCAGGAAGAAGUACAUUACAUUUUUUUUUUUUUGCAUAUUUAUUAUUAUUAUUUUAAGUUAUUGAACUAUUUAUUUCCAUAAUAUGCCUUUUUUGGAAAAACAGUCUUGACCAGCUUGGACAAUCAUUUGAGCAAAAGGCUGUACUAUCCUGCAGACCGACGACGACCACGCCAUGACAGGUGUAACAUGCGUCGGGGGAGACGGCUCCUGCGACGCGGCCAUGUUGUCCAGCAAGGUGGCCAAGGGACAUUUGGGUCAGAGAAGAGAGGAGGAGAGGUCCCCGGCGUGGGACAGGGCUGACCCUUGCAGAACCCCAGAUUCGGGGCCGGUCGGCGGUUCGGUGCCGGUGAGGAAACACCACCACACGCACAGCAUCAAACACCGCUUUCAGCUUCUGGAGACUUUGGGCAGAGGCACCUACGGCAAAGUGAAGAAAGCCAUAGACAAGAGCACAGGGAUGCUGGUGGCUGUGAAGUCCAUCCAGAAAGACAAGAUCACAGAUGAACUGGACAGAGUGCACCUUCAGCGGGAGAUAGAGAUCACGGCUCUGCUGAAACAUGAGCACAUCAUUCAGGUCUUUGAAGUAUUUGAGAGCUCAGAGAAAAUCAUCAUCGUCAUGGAGUACGCCAGCAACGGAGAGCUCUAUGACUUCAUCAACAACAAGCACCAGAUCCCAGAGAGCGAAGCGCGUCGAUUCUUCCGCCAGAUUGUGUCCGCCGUACACUACUGCCAUAAGAUCGGUAUCGUUCACAGGGAUAUAAAGUUGGAGAAUAUCCUUCUUGAUGAAAACCUGAAUGUAAAACUUGCAGAUUUUGGACUUUCAAACCUCUAUCAUAAGAGCCAGGCCCUGGAAACAUACUGCGGGAGCCCUCUCUAUGCUUCGCCCGAAAUUGUCAGGGGUCUUCCUUACCACGGCCCAGAGGUUGAUUGCUGGGCUCUGGGAGUACUUCUCUAUGCUCUGAUCUAUGGAACUAUGCCAUUCGACAACAGCAAUUAUAAAACAUUAGCAGACCAGAUCAGCAGUGGCCAGUACAGACAGCCUCCUCAUCUAUCAGGAGCCUGUGGACUGAUUGACUGGAUGCUGACAGUUAAUCCAGCCAGGAGAGCGACUAUUGAAGAUAUUGCCAAUCACUGGUGGGUUAAUUGGGGGUACGACACCAUGGUAUGUGACUGCCAUCUAGUACCUGAAUGUCAAUCUCCACUGCUAGCGCGAUACAUCGAAUGUCAGAACACACCUGGUUUCAAAAGCACAAAAACAGAACAAAGCAGAGUCCAUCCCAGAGAAGAUGAAGAAUAUGAAGGCUGUCUCAGAAAGUCCAAAAAGGAAAAUGACAUCAAUCAGUCCCAACAAGAACUCGAAGUUAUCGCUUCUAGAAAGAAACCAAAAGGGAUCUUGAAGAAAAGGAGCAGCUUUGACAGCUCGUUAUUAAACUCCUCCAAUUUCUCUGAAAACUUGUCUCCGAAUUGCAUGGAGCUCAGCCAAGAAGAAAAAACCACGUCUGCCUACGAGUCUCACCUAUCAACGAAUGUCGAAUGCACUUUCAACAAGCCGAAAAAGGGAAUACUAAAAAAAACAUAUGAGAGGGAAUCGGGAUAUUCAUCGUCCCCGGAGAGGAUAACGAUCUCAGAAUGUCAGAAGGUCUACCAUAAAGCAGUAGACGAAAAAGCAAGGUCAGAGAGAUACUCAAGGAGGAAAAAAGGCAUUCUCAAAAAGAACGGACGGUUUUCAACCAGCUUGGAUCUACCAGCGGACUGUUCGUCCCUCCGACUCUCAGACUCCAUGGAAGACUUAAUCUUCCCCAAUGUAGAGGCUCCAAAGAGCCCUAGCCGGCCAUCGAGUGUGAUUAGCGAUGACAGCUUUCUCUCCAGCGAUUCUUUCGACCAGCUUGACAUGAAUUCUGAAACAAAGUCCCAUCUUUUCUCCUACAGCCCGCACACCAGUUUAUACAGUUCUGAGGACGAUGACGCCUUAUCGGGGAAGCUUAGGGAGAAACUUUCCGAUCAAAACCAUAAACUAUAACGUUUCGGAGAGUACCUUAUUGUGGACUGAAACUAUGACAAAGAAAGUAGCAUUAAAUAGACUAAUUCAACCACUCCUGUGAAAAGUAAAGGCUGCAUUAUAUUUGUAAUUUUCUGUGAUUUUAUGUGUCGGUGGUGUUUUACAAUCUAUGGUUUGUAAGAAGUAUCAUUCUUUGGCGAUGGGCCAAUAAAGCUGCUUUCAGAUAAA